AUGCUCUCUUUACUUGGUCCCUCACUCAGCACAGAGAUGGUUGAGCCUGGGUUCAGGGGAGUGCUGUUCUUGGUGGUCCUCCUGCAUUUGGUCCAUGGAGAGAGCUACACUCCUAUUCAUGAAGCCAACAGGUGUGCCUUCUACGAUGACUGUGGGAAAAACCCCGAGUUGUCCGGCAGUCUCAUCCCACUGUCCAACGUGUCUUGCUUGUCCAACACUCCAGCCGUACAAGUGAGUGGGAUCCAUUUGCAGCUCCUGAAUGAUCUCUGCCCACAGCUGUAUCAAGGACCAAACUCUACUUAUGCCUGCUGUUCCUACAAACAGCUGGUGGCUCUGGAGAGCAGCUUGAAGGUGACCAAAGCCCUCCUCACCCGCUGCCCAGCCUGUGCGGAGAACUUUGCCAGCUUUUAUUGCCAUAACACCUGUAGCCCCAACCAAAGUGUCUUCAUCAAUGUGACCCGUAUCUCUAACAUUUCAGGGACCAACUCCUCCAAGGUGUUGGCCUAUGAGGCUUUCUACACCCGCAGCUUUGCAGAGCGGGCCUACGACUCCUGCAGCAAGGUGCAAAUCCCUGCCACUGGAGGCUUGGCUGUGGGUGCCAUGUGUGGGGUAUAUGGCUCCAACCUCUGUAAUGCCCAGCGUUGGCUCAAUUACCAGGGUGACACGGGGAAUGGAUUAGCUCCCUUGGAAAUCACCUUUAAUCUCAUGGACCCUGGCCAGGUCCUAGGGAAUGGGAUGGAGCCCCUGGAUGCAGAAACAUGGGGCUGCAAUGAGACUCGGGGUAAUAGUUCCAAUGCAUGCUCUUGCCAGGACUGUGCCGCAGCCUGUCCUGUGAUUGCCCAUCCUGCCAUGCAGGAUUCCACUUUCCGCCUGGGGAGAAUGCAUGGGGGGCUGGCCAUGGCCAUCCUCCUCUCUGCUGUCUUUGUUUCAUUCUUCACUUUCCUUGUGGUUCGCUCUUGUUGGAAAACAAAGGCCAAGAAGCCCCAGCAAGGUGUACGUUGCUCUGAUAGAUUUAGUUAUUUUGCCCACGUCAUCCUGGGCAAACUUUUCCAGAGCUGGGGCACAUGGGUGGCCUCACGACCCAAGACAGUUUUGUGUGUGUCCACAGUAUUGGUAAUGGGACUGUCAAGUGGACUGGUCUUCCUAGAACUGACCACCAAUCCAGUGGAGUUAUGGUCUGCUCCCAAUAGCCAGGCCAGGCGGGAAAAGGAAUUCCAUGACCGCUAUUUUGGGCCUUUCUUCCGCACCAACCAGGUGAUCUUGACAGCUUCUAACCGAUCUAGCUAUACCUAUGAUUCCCUCCUUCUGGGAUCUAAGAACUUCAGCGGCAUCCUGAGCGAGGACUUGCUCCUUCAGCUUCUGGAGCUGCAAGAAGAACUGAGGCACAUGGAGGUCUGGUCCGAGGAAGAACAGCGCAACAUCUCUCUGAGAGAUAUCUGCUAUGCCCCUCUCAACCCCAACAAUCCCAGCCUGGGGGACUGCUGCAUCAACAGCUUACUGCAGUAUUUCCAAAGCAACCGGACCAACUUCCUGCUCACUGCCAACCAGACCCUGAUGGGGCACACCGCCCAGGUGGACUGGAGAGACCACUAUCUCUACUGUGUCAAUUCUCCUCUCACAUUCAAGGAUGGUACAACCUUGGCUCUGAGCUGCAUGGCUGAUUAUGGGGCUCCAGUCUUUCCCUUCCUUGCUGUGGGAGGUUACACAGGGCAGGAUUUUUCUGGUGCUGAGGCUCUCCUGCUGACUUUCUCCCUGAACAACUACCCUGCUGGGGAUCCCCGCUUGGCUCAAGCUCUGCUCUGGGAGAGCCGCUUUCUGGAGGUGAUGAGAGACUUCCAGAAGCGUACAGCAGGCACCUUUGAAGUCACUUUCAUGGCAGAGCGAUCUCUGGAAGAUGAGAUAAAUCGCACCACAAUGGAGGACCUGCCGGUCUUUGCCACCAGCUAUGCCAUUGUCUUCCUGUACAUUUCUCUGGCUCUGGGUAGAUACUCCAGCCGAUCUCGCAUACUGGUGGACUCCAAGAUAACCCUGGGCCUAGGCGGGGUCCUAGUAGUGCUGGGAUCUGUCCUCUCCUCAAUGGGCUUCUUCUCCUACCUGGGCAUCCCCUCUUCUAUGGUGAUCAUCCAAGUCGUUCCCUUCCUUGUGCUUGCUGUUGGAGCUGACAACAUCUUCAUCUUUGUUCUAGAGUAUCAGAGGUUGCCACGGCUCUCAGAGGAACGCCGGGAGGUACAUAUUGGACGAGUCCUGGGCACCGUAGCUCCCAGCAUGCUUCUUUGUAGUCUCUCUGAGGCCAUCUGUUUCUUCUUAGGUGCACUGACCUCUAUGCCAGCUGUGCGAACCUUUGCUCUGACAGCUGGCUUGGCCAUAAUCUUUGACUUCCUGCUGCAGAUGUCGGCCUUUGUUGCUUUGCUCUCCCUGGACAACAAGAGGCAAGAGGCCUCACGCUUGGAUUUGUGCUGCUGUGCUAACCCCAGGAAAUUGCCUCCCCCUCCAGAGGGUGAAAGUUUACUACUUCGCUUCUUUCGAAAGUUUUAUGCUCCCUUCUUGCUUCAUGGAUUCACCCGGAUUGUUGUGCUUGGGCUAUUCAUGGCCCUGUUUGGUUGGAGCUUGUAUCUCAUGUGCCAGAUCAAUGUGGGGCUGGACCAGGAGUUGGCACUACCUGAGGAUUCAUAUCUUUUGGAUUACUUCCUCUUCCUGAACCGUUACUUUGAAGUUGGAGUGCCCACUUACUUUGUGACCACUUCUGGCUUUAACUUUUCAAGUUUGGAUGGCAUGAAUUCUAUCUGUUCCAGUUCUGGCUGUGAUGCAUAUUCCUUUACCCAGAAGAUUCAGUAUGCCACAGAAUUUCCUAAAGAGUCUUAUCUGGCUAUCCCAGCUUCUUCCUGGGUAGAUGACUUCAUUGACUGGUUGACACCCACUUCUGAUUGCUGUCGUCUUUACAGAAAUAACACCUUUUGUCCUUCUACGGAAAACUCUCCUUUGGCCUGUUUUCAGAAGUGCGUUCCCUAUACCCUGAGUUCUGUGCGGCCCACAGUGGAGCAGUUCCAUAAGUACCUGCCUUGGUUUUUGGAGGACAAGCCCAAUAUCAAAUGUCCCAAAGGGGGCCUGGGAGCUUAUGAUGUUUCUGUGAACAUAAGUGCAGAUGGGGAGAUAUUAGCCACCCGGUUUAUGGCUUACCAUACACCACUCAAGAAUUCUCAAGAGUACACAGCAGCCCUGAGGGCUGCCCGGGAACUGGCAGCUAACAUCACAGCUGACUUGCGGCGAGUUCCAGGGACUGAUCCUAAGUUUGAAGUCUUCCCCUACACGGUCACAUAUGUAUUCUAUGAACAGUACCUGACCAUCGUCCCAGAAGGGUUAUUCAUUCUGGGUCUCUGCCUUAUACCCACAUUUGCUGUCUCCUGCCUCCUGCUUGGGAUGGACCUCCGAUCUGGCUUCCUCAAUCUCUUCUCCAUCAUCAUGAUCCUUGUGGAUACUGUAGGCUUCAUGACCCUGUGGGGCAUCAGCUACAAUGCUGUGUCCCUCAUCAAUCUCGUCACGGCUGUGGGUAUUUCAGUGGAGUUUGUGUCCCAUAUCACUCGAUCCUUUGCCAUCAGUACCAAGCCCACUCGGCUGGAGAGAGCCAAAGAGACCACCAUCAUUAUGGGCAGUGCGGUAUUUGCUGGAGUGGCUAUGACCAAUCUCCCUGGCAUCAUCAUUCUGGCCGCUGCUAAGGCCCAACUCAUCCAGAUCUUCUUCUUUCGCCUCAACCUUCUCAUCACUGUCUUUGGCAUGCUGCAUGGUCUCAUCUUUCUGCCUGUGAUUCUCAGCUAUUUUGGGCCAGAUGUCAAACAAGUCCUGGUCUUGGCACAACAGUCAAUAGAACAGAACACCAUGUCAGCCAAGGCAGAGGUUGCCAAGACUGCUUCUUGCUCAACGUAUCCUUCUCCAUUGUAUCCUGACUUGAAUUCCUAUACCAAUUUGAAUUUUGAGGCUGAUGUGACUCAGUUUCCCAAGGGCACCAAAGGACUUGAGCCAACAACACCUCUUUGAUGGUGCCAAGAGCUGUUUUGUCUAUGUCUCCUCAUUGUAUCAUCACAUCACAGAAUUUCAGUGGGAAGGACAUGAGGGUCCAGCAAGUCUCACCAGUACCUCCUCAAGUGACCACCUAGUCUGUGCUUGAAGAGCACCAAUGAGAGGGUACUGCUACCUCAGAAAGCAUAUGUUGGCAUGUUUGCAUCACGUUAAUUCUUGGGAAGUUUUUACUUACUUCUUGAUAAUACCUACCCUGCUGCAUCUUUCAUUCACUGCUCCUAGUUUUUCCAUUUUGUACUAACCAGAAAACAAGUUUAAUUUGCUUCCACAUGAUGGCCUUUCAAAUCCUGGAGGCAGCUUCCAUAUCUCCUGAAGUAUCCUCAGUCUCCCCAAAGGAUCCUCAUAUGACAAGACUGCCUGUCCCUUUUUAUCGUUGGUCAUCUUCCCCAAGAUGCACCUCAGCUUAUCAAUUUCCUUUCUGUAAGGGCGUGCUCAGAAUUGAACACAGAAG